AUGGCUGCCCAGCAUAAACAAGACCCGAUUGUCUUGGUCAUAGAUUUCCACCAUGCACGAGGCCCCGAGAUCGAGCAUUGCAUUGCCGACGAAGGAACCGACCCAGCAACCGAGAAUGACUGGUCCCUGCUACCUUUCAUGGCCCUAUCUGACGGAGCGCACCUGUCGACGGAGGAAUUCUCCUACUUCACUCUUUGCCGAAAAGACACUCCUACCAUCUCUGCGACGUCUCUAUUCGGUAUAGCAUGCUCCCGCCAGAUCGACGCAAGUCUUCUCAUCAACCGCUCGGCUGAUGUGACACGAUCAACGGUACAGAAAGCCGUUGUGGUUGUCACAGAUACUCCGCAACGAGUGGGUCAGUUGCGUGAGAAGCUUUCCGUGGUGACAUCGGCGUGGUUUGCGCAACGGGAGGGCCUGGUAAUUUCUCUCUUGAAUGAUGAUGGCCCAACGGAUCAGAACUUGGGUAAGAAGACGAGCCGUUACGAUCAAUUUGAAUCUCCGCUGAAACUUGAAGGCCUUUCGCUUCGGGAAAUGGUUCACGAAUUUAAAUCCCAGACACUGGUUCUUUUCAAGGCACUGUUGUUGCAGCCCAAGAUGCUCUUCUUCGGGACGCGCUGUGAGCGCCUUUGCAUGAUUCAAUUCUCACUUAUAUCUUUAAUACCCGGUCUCAUUAACAGCCUGCAAGACUGCGCGGACCCUGCUUUCGACACAUACUCCCAAACAGUCGAGAAGCCAACCUCUCUCAAGACGAGCGACCGGAGCUCCUUGUUAGCAUACAUGGGUCUUCCGCUACAAAUCUUCGGGAAAGGAAGCAUGUUUGGCCCCUAUACACCUCUCCAGCUGCUGGAUCUGCUGGCAGAUGAUGGGACGAAAUCCUAUGUUGUUGGCUCAACAAACUCCCUGCUCCUCCAGCAAAAAGAUCGCUAUAGUGACAUCCUAAUCAACCUUGAUGAAGACAGCAUUGUCAUCAACACCCCUUCUCUUCGGAAUGCCCUGGCCCUUUCUGCGGCAGACAGACGGUGGAUCGAUCUUCUCACGCAAAUCGUCAACGAUACUUGGGAUGAGGAGCACCCCUCUCAGCCCAAAACACUGGGCUUUAUGGGCUCGGAAGAGUUCAUCCGACUGCAAUUCGAGGAAUACCUGCUGGCAUUAUUGUCCUCCAUGAAGUAUCACGAAGAACUGUGUUCGGUCAAUAAUGGAGACUCUCCCACCCGCAGCAAAGCUCAACUGCAAAACUUUAAUAUUGAAGGAGACCCGGCCAUCGAUUUCAACACAGAGUUCCUGACCCAGUGGCAAGGAACUUCUAAUUAUGCACUAUUCUCACGCCUUACUUCGGACGCACUACUCUUCUCCAUCACAGAGCCACGGCAUCCCAACGCUGGCGGAUUAACUAUGGAGGACGUCCAACGACGCAUUUCCCAGCAGGUCGCAGAUCUUCACCUGGACGACCGAGUACGUGAGGGCCGCGAGGCCCUAGGUCGCCACUUCUCCACAGGCCAGAAGAAGGUGAGCGCUGCGUUCAACAGCUUUUGGUCUGACAUAGAGACAAUGCGUGAAACGCAGCGCAAACGCAACGAAGAAAAAGCAACAACUCAAUCGCAACGUGCCUCCUUAGAAAAGGACACCCCUCUUUCACCCACCCCUUCACAGGAUCCCAAUGAUGCCCGUCCCCGGGCUUCCCUCGACGUGAGCCAAGCUCAGGCCUCUGUGGCUGUAGCUGGCCAAAAGGCAGGCGCGUAUUUCAGCUCGUGGGGAUCAUGGGCAAGCGAAAAACGUCGCGAAUGGCAAGAAAAGCGCGUUACCUCACCAAACCCGAACACCGGUGCUAGCCCCAGCAUCGUCACUUCGCCAUCCGCCCCGGCGCUGACCAUCGUCACCGAAACCGCAGAGUCAGACCGCGGUCGUCGGCGUUCCAUCCAGCACCACAGUGAGGGUGACGCUCCGCCUUCUCCUUCCCCUUCUGCCGCCGAGGGUGGUCUCACCCGCAGCGUCAGUCGCAGAAAGAGAUGGAGCAACAUCCUUUUGCGUCGCGAGAGUGGCGAGUUCCAACGCCGUGAUGAUAUUUCGACCGCUGAAUCGCAGGACGUCCCGUACCCCAAAUCUCCUCUGUCACAGGGUUUCCCUGCCUAUGAGGACGAAGGCAAACAGAGUCUCGACAGAGAGCCUGGGAUCCCGGCUGGAAAGAGUUACCAAAAUACUGUUGACGCAGAUGGGUUCUCCUCUGUUGCUCUGACGCCGAACGAGGGCCUGGGUCUGAGCUUGGGAGACGGUAAGGCGAAGGAGAAUGUUGUUCCUGGUCAUGUAGACCCCGAGGAAAUGAUCACGGCGCUUCCUGUCAAAGACGACCAUACAUCACAGUAA